GGGAGCCCCUUCGCAUGUCCAUCGUCCAAGUGGUAUUGGAUCCAAGCAAAACUUCAUACUGACGGUUGAGAAUGCAGUGGCAUGGGCAAUGUUAUUUUCGUCACUAUCCCAAUAGACCCACUCACUGUAGUCUAUCGUGUCGUGAGCAACUAAUUAUGGAUAACAAAUCCACAUUUUCUUUCUGGGUAAACAUCUCUAAAGAGAACGAAUAUCGCAUUGCUGCAGUGAGAAAGUAUGCGCCGAAUCGGGCUUUUGAAUUUGAAUAUCUGUUUGUUCGAUUACUGUACCCUAACCCUGCACUUGAAGGAAAUUUUUACAGAGCAGUCACACGCACUUGUACGAGCCCAUUCACCAUUCACAUACGCGGCUUGCCGCUAGUGCGUUUUUAAACGUAAAUUGGUUGAAAGUUUAUCCGGCUAUACAGCACCGUGUCGCUCAUAGCAUAUAAAUUUCCUUCAAGUGCAGGGUAAGGGUACAGUAUUGGACUCCAGCUAACUUUAAAAAAAAUGAAAAUAAAACAGUUAAAAAGCCGAAAAAAUCUGAAACCAUAUCCAAAUUUCAGAUUUUUUUUCAGUUUUUUACUAGAAAAAGUUUUUGAUCUAUCGUCAAAAUUAUUAGAUAUGUUAACUGGACACCGUGAUUUAGUCUCAGACCGUAAAACACUGCAAAUACAUAAUAUCUCGGACAUUUUUUUUUCAAUUGGGUUUUCUAAAAGUGUUUCUUUGUUGGUUGUGUGCCGUCACUUUCUGACCCUCUGCGUUGCCUGGGUUUGUUUUUCCGGGCGAAUUUUUCAGAGUACGUUUUGCAACGGUUUGCCGGCAGCACAAUAGCGUUGUGCAGUAAGGCGCUGAAAUGCGGCUUGCUGCUUACUGGCUUUUUAUACGCGACCGCUUCUCGUAGCAACCAUACGGUGCAUCUCUUCGGCGUUGCGGGAGACGGGGUAAUAAUACGGCGCAGAGUGCACGCAUCUGUGGAAAGUUGUGACGAUGUGAAUAAAAAUGGCGCAACAUUUGUUGGUUUUAUUCCCAACACAAUCUAUCGCAGUGGUAUUCGUUAUCCUUUCAAUAUCACAGUAUCUUGUCGUAGUUGACACUAUUCCCGACAAGGUUUCAGAACGGAUUACGCUGCGCGAUAAUCAGCCAUAUAUUCUGCAAUCGCUACAGUAUCCAGCAGAGUUUCCUGCUGCCACGAAGUACGUCUAUGCAAUCGAUGCAACUGGUCAGGCCAUUAAGAUAGAGUCUAAGGAAUUUCAGUUCGGAUCACGAGAGCCAGAUAGAACUUUGCUGGAUGGCUGUUUGGGAGAGCGAUUAAAUAUUUGGGAUACCAAAGUUCCUGCUACGCCCCUCGCAUACGCUUGUGGCGGGGACCGAUUGGAUAUUCUGUCGUACAGCGGUUUAAUUUUUAUCGAAACAGUUCCUGCAUCGACUCAUGAAGCCGGAAAUAGGUUCCAACUAGAAUUGACCCGUGUGCCAUGCGGACGGGGAGCACCACUUGCUUGUCCUUCCGAUAAGAGCAAUCGAUCCUGUAUUGCAAAAGAACAUCUAUGUGACGGUGUGGCACAGUGUCCACAAGGGGAAGAUGAGAUCUGCAGUAUGGAUUGUGGCCAUCAUACUGGGAUCAUUGAUAGCACCGAGAACUUGCGCAUUUACGGUGGUACUCCGGUCCAGCCAAACAGCUGGCCUUGGCAGGUACAGAUCGACGGAUACACCGCUUGCGGAGGUACUCUGAUAGCGCCUCGAUGGGUUCUCACGGCAGCGCACUGCAUAGCUCAAUACGUAACAAACCGAACGGCGUUUCUAGAAAGCGGAAGCUUACAUCAGUUAGCCGUGAAAUUUAUGCCACAUCGUUGCGGAGGAGUAACAAAUGCCACGGUACUUACGGUACAGAAGGUAUUCCUGCCAGCACAAUGGGAAUCACGAUCGUACGACAAGCUGUAUUUUGAUGCGGCUCUUCUGCUUCUGUUUUCCGAUAUUGAACUGUCAGCUGUUCAGCCAAUCUGUCUGCCACGUCCGGAUAUGAUACUUAACAUCGAAGAAGUGUGUUACGCAGCUGGUUGCGGUUACACCGAAACUAAAGGUGUCCCAGUCGAUCUGCUUCAGCUGACCAUGACAGUCAGGGAUUUCCGUUGCGAAUCUGCACUCUGCCCGGACAGGGUUCUUGCCGGGGACAACACUGGUGGCAGCAAAACUGGAAUGAGCACUUGCUUUGGAGACAGUGGAGGACCUUUAGCUUGCCGCAAAAAAGGCGAGAAUGGUGAGACCAAUGCCAGUUUUUUUGGAAACGAUCAAUGGGUCCAGUUUGGAGUUCUUUCGUAUGGGACGGGGCAGUGUGGCAACGCCCAGUCCGGUUAUCAAUCAGUAGAAAUACUCAUGGAGUUCAUUAUGAAUACAGUGCACUCUCAAGGUUUCCACGGCUGGCUAAAAAAUCGAACCGUGCCAAGAAGAUCGGCAGUUAGUCAAGACGCGGCCGCCCCAGCUGCAGUUCAUGAAGAGAACCAAAUGCCGCUACCUGUGCGCACGCAAGUGGUCAUGUCGACGGCAUCCACAAAAUAUGGCUGUUCGUUCCGCAGUUUGCGCGUUAGCAUCUUGGUAGAAGUUUGGCUGUCAACCUUGAUAUAUUCAAAGUCUGGCUUACUUGAUGUACGGUUCUGAUUUUGAGUGUUUCGAUUAUUAUUGAGCGAAUUUUACUGGCUCAUACUGUGCCAAUAGGCAGACUCCCUCAUGCUGUGCCAAUAGGCAGACUACUCUGAGAAUAUUAAGGACCUUACCGCUAGUUGAUCGACUUGGUGUAACGCUGCUCAUUGGAAACAAAUAAUUUUACUAA